UUGAUUUCUUUACUUGUGGUUUUGGGCGAUCGAGCUACAUGAUUAGAGAAUUAUCAGUGAGCUUGUGAAAGUGUUCUGGAUGAAGGCUUAAAAGCUCUCCGAUGCGAUACAGGAAGUCGGCAAGAAAAUGAGCCGGAGAUGAUGAUAUGCUGGUAGUGAGGCUAAGUUGAAUGUAUCGUACAUGGAGAUCUGAGUAUUUUUAGUGGGUCAUCGGUGCAUAUCGGGUUCUAUUUUUUUUCACAGCAGGAAAGAAGAAAAAAGAAUACCGAGUUGCAAUCUUGUCUGUGAACCAGAGAGAUUGGGAUAAUUGAAUAAGAUAUGAGAUUUCUUGUUUUUAUUCCCCAAAGUUUGGGUUUACAUGGAGGAUUUAUGAGUAUGUAUGCCUAAUGGUCACCCUUGAUCUUUUUGCAAAAUGUACAAGAAUUUUAGGAAUAUAGGGGUUAGAGCAGUAAUUUGGACUUUGAUACAAUAUAGUUGAGCUCAGAAAGUGGACAUGGGAAAGUGAACGAACCUGAUUAUUACGACCUACAAGUGUGCAAACGUAAUGGAUGCUCGUGAAAAUCAUUUUGCAAAAUGUACAAAAAGUUUAGGAAGUUAGCGAUCAGAGCAGUAAGUGGACAAUGAUACAGUCAUACAAUGAGUGUUUAGCUUGAUAAUUGAACAUAUGAAAAUGAUGAUGUUCCAUGUCACAUGCCAUAUGGGUGCUCAUGCAAUGCAUUGAGGAAGAAUGGACAAAAUGUCGAAGCAUAUAUCGAACUUGCAGAUGAUGCCACCUUGCCAAUCCAUGCGUUGAGUUUCUAUGUACCAGAAACAAGUUCAAUCCUGGGACGAGCUAGCAUUGCUGGUCUGGAGAAAGCUGUAGAGGUUCUAGAUACCCUUGGAAGUAGCAUGUCAAACUUGAAUCCUAGCAGUGGAUUCACAUCCGGAGUGACGGCCCGAGGAUAUAAAAUUUCCAUCUUAGCAUUUGAAGUGGCAAAUACAAUUGCUAAAGGAGCCAACUUAUGGAGAAGUCUUUCAGAUGAAAACAUCAAUAUCUUGAAAGAAGAAGUUUUGCAGUCAGAUGGAGUAAGAAAACUAAUCUCUGCAGAUGCUAAUGAGUUGCUGUGGAUCACUGCCGCUGACAAAAGAGAAGAACUUGACUUUUUUUCAAGAGAAGUAAUUAGGUUUGGGGACCUAUGUAAAGACCCAACAUGGCACAAUCUAGGUCGCUAUUUUGAGAAAUUGAGUUUGGAUAUGACGCCCACAGAACAGUCAAAAGAGGAGGCAGAAAUGAUGAUGCAACUCUUAAUAUAUUUGGCUCAGAGUACUUCUGAGCUUUAUCACGAGUUACAUGCUCUAGAUAGAUAUGAGCAGGAUUACCGAAGGAAGCUUCAAGAAGAAGAGUUGAUACCUGCAGCUAGACAGGAGAGUCUUUUGAACAGUGAACUGAAACGCCAAAAGAAGCUUGUGAAGAGUUUGAAAAAGAAAUCCCUUUGGUCCAGAAACUUGGAGGAGGUGGUGGAAAAGCUUGUAGACAUUGUUACAUUUUUGUAUAAGCAGAUUUGGGAAUCAUUUAAAACUUCUGGUUGCAACUUAAUAGACUAUAAGCCAGCUCAGAAUCAAACCUUAGGUGCUUCUGGUCUCGCGUUGCAUUAUGCUAACAUCAUCAACCAGAUUGAUAAUAUAGUAUCUCGACCACUAUCCCUUCCUCCGACUACAAGGGACAGUUUAUAUCAAGGAUUGCCUACACGCGUGAAGGCAGCACUUCGUACCCGAUUACAAUCAUUUGAUGCCAAGGAAGAGUAUACAGUUGCUCAGAUAAAAGCUGAGAUGCAGAAAAUCUUAUGUUGGAUCACUCCACUAGCAGAAAACACAACUAGAGCACAUCAAGGUUUUGGAUGGGUAGGAGAGUGGGCAAACAUGGGUAUUGAGAUUAACAAGAAACCAGACAUGCAAAACUGCAUUGCCAGUAUCCAGACGCUUCAUCACGCAAAUAAAGAGAAAACUGAGGAGUACAUAUUAGAACUAGUGGUAUGGCUUCACCAUCUAGUUAUCCAGGUGAAGAACAGGGGUUAUGGAUUAACAUCAGCCAGCCCAGUUCAAAGUCAACCAAAUAAGGGAACAGUGGUGAUCUCAGAGUCCAUACGAGAACCAUCUCAGGCAUGCAAUGGUAGAAUUGAAGGUGCCCUACUCUCAGAAGACGAAAUAAAUAUGUUGGAGCAAGUAACCCUGAGGAAGAUUACAUUAGGGAGAAGCAAAAGCUUGGACUUGGAGAAGAGAGCCAGGAGACAUAGGGGUCGGAAUAGGAGCUGUGAGAAUUCUCCAGACAAAGAGUUCAAUGUGGCAUUAGAUUGGAAGCUGGAGAGGUCAAGAGUGUUGGAUGUGAUGGAUGGGCUCAAUACGCUCGGUGCGCUUCCAGUAGUUCAGUUUUGUACAUAAGCUCAUGUGUUCACGAGCACUAAGCCUUUUCUUUCUCUCAUGUAAAUGCCUUGGAAGGGAUUCCAUGAUUUAUCUCAUCCUGUAUAGUUAUUUGAUCUGAAGUAUUACAUAUGGAUUAAAAGAAAGCAGCAAUGAGAAUAGCUGCUGAUCACUA